GCACGAGCAGUCGGGUCAGUAUAUUCUUGCGCGUCGGCCCACUCACACGCGCGCCGCGUGUCUACCACCACCACUUGUUCUCGCGUACACCAAUUGCACGUGCUUCGCCGAAUCGUGUUCAAUAACUUUAUUUUUAUUUUUGUAUAGUCGUAAUUUUUUGUGUCACUGGUUUAUGAAUUUUUUAUUUAACUUUUUUAAAAUAUAUGAAUAAGAAAACGCAGGACAAGAGGCGAAGUUGUCGAUUGACGAAACAUAAUAUAUAGUAUUAUCUACCUCGGACAAUUUAUCACAUAUUUAAUCUGUGUAUCGUGAAGUUCAAAAUCCACUUUCUGCGGUGCGAUCGCAAUCGACAGUAACCAAUAAUUUUGUCAUCACAAAAAAAACCAUUGCCAAUACUGUAUAACGAGUGCGAUGAUGACCGGGCGACGAUGACAUGGAAGCGGCAGCCAGCGUUGUACAGAUGACCGGUGGCGGCGGACGGGUGGGCAUGAACACGGACAUGUUCCUGUUGCCGUCCUCGUUCACGUCGCCGCCGGGCGUGAUCGUCACGACGGGAUCGCCGAACACCGGCGUCCACCAGUACGCCGCGGCCACGCUCACCUUGUUGCGGCGCGACGCCUGGGUCCUGCCGGUGCUCAUACUGUCGGUGCUCACCAUGACGCUGAUAAUGACUUUCGAGGUGUUCGUCCUGUGCAAGACGAGAAAAACGGAGCCCAGCAGGAGACACCUGUUCCUGGGACAGGCGCUGCUGGGCGGGCUGUUCGUGUGUGCGGCGGUCAGCGGGCUCAUGUGCACACAGCCGACCGUGCUGACGUGCGCCACCGUCAGGCUGUGCACCGGGCUCGGAUAUUCGAUGGUGUUCGGCACGCUACUCGUCAAGUGCGUGUUCCUCAUCAGCCUCAACGGCGGCGUGUACUUGCCCGCCCCUUACCAGGCGCUGUUGCUGUUCUUCACCGUGGCCAUACAGUUGGCCAUCGGCGUCCAGUGGCUCAUCUACUCGCCACCACAACUCCUAUCGUCCCAGUGGACGAGCAGCUUGGACAACAGCUGUGACACCAAGUACCAGCACAUGCUCGGCUCGAUGGUGUACGCGGCCGGUCUGCUGUUGGCCGUCACCGUGUUGGCCAUCAAGUCGCGGCACAUACGGGACAACUAUCGCGAGGCCAUGUACAUCGGGCUGGCCGUCGGCUGCACGGCACCGCUGUGCGUCGGCUGGGCCGUGGCCGGGCUGUGGGCCACGCAGCCGGGCGACCAGGACGGGUGCCUGGCGCUGGGCCUGGGCGCCACGGCCGCGCUCGUGUUGCUCGUCAUGUUCAUGCCCAAGGGCCGGCAGCUGGCCGCCAUGGGCCGGGACGGUCUGUACGACGAGGACAAGCUCAGCACGCUCAGCAGGCCCGCGUCCCCGUCGUUUUUCCACUUCAAACCGUUCAUGACGCCAAUGAAGCACACGUCGACGAUCAACACGUUCGGAGACCGAGUGGCGCUCGUAGCCCCGCCGACGUACGCUCACCACUAUUACCCGUACUGUUAUUAUCCGCACCACGGCGGUGGAGGCGGUGGAGCCGGCCACCACGGAGGUCACAUGCAGCAGCCCAUCUACUCGAGAUGUCCACCCGACAUGUGCAAUUUUUCGGGAAUGGACAACAGCAUUUACACUACGAUGGAGCCGACCAUGUCCAACAACCCCAACGUGUUUUUCCACCGUUCCGGUAUCCAUCCCGGAAUGAUGUACUGAUUAUUGUUUAAGUGAACACUAUGAAUAUUUGACUAGAUGUUUUUGUCUCCCGAUUUUAUACUUUUUUUUUUUUUAAUUAUAUUAUUAUUAUUAUUAUUAUUACUACAUUAUAUAGUAGUCGCGUAAACGUAGAUAUGUGUGUUAAACCAUAUAAUAUUAUGUGUAUAGACAUAGCGCCCUACGUGUCCUACACGCAUAAAACAGUAUACGAAACAUACGAAUAUAAGUAAUACUUACCUGUACUAUAUCAUAGUAAUAAUAUUAUACGAUAUCUCUAUUCAUUAUACGUACCUACAGACUCGCGAGACCGCAUCGAGCGGCGUGGGCGGUGGACGAGCCGGGCGCGUGUCACGAUGAUCUCACGCAAUGAUAAUAUAAUAUAAUAUAUGUAAUCGUUGCUCGUCUACGAUCGCCGACGAACACGACGACGCUGCAUAAUAUACCUCCAUAAAUCCUCCACCUCUUACUCGCUCCCCCAAAAUUUGACUAUAUAUUAUAUAGGGUUAGUUAAAUACCGAUAUACUAUUGUGCGUAGAUGCUAUACUCGCGAUUUCAGAAUUUCGGGUUUAUCGCUCUGCGACCGCCACGGCAGCAAAUCAUCACCUAACGCGCUUACAAAAAAGAAGUAUAAGAAGUUUAAACAAGAAAUUCAACGAAUUCGAUAAAAAACAAACUCACACACGUGAUGGGUACCAUUCCGGAAAUGUAUAGUACACGCCGUUUACCUGUCGUGUACAUGUAAUAUAUAUUUGCCUAUACUCACGGCGGCGCUAUAUAUAAUAUUAUACGUAUAGUUCGUUGUUCCGCGACGAGAUUCGAUGCCAUUUUCAAUCGCGACGAUGAGAUAUCGUUCGAGAUAAAUUAAUAAAAUAGGUUUUUUUUAUGUAUUUUACUUUUUUUUUUUUUAUUUUAGAUUUAAUAACUAUGAUGAUCAUGUAUGUGUAUUAGAUAUUAUAACAUAUUAAAAUAUACUAUACAAAUCAUCCGUGUCUAUAAUGUAUGCAUUUUAGUAUAAAAUAUUAUUAUAUUCUGUAAGCAAUUUAUUAACUAUAAGAGCUAUAUACAUAUUUUACUUUUUACGCGACAGUAACACAUAUACUUAAUAUUAUAAUAUGCAUAUUGUUGAUAUUAUUAUUAAUAUAUUUUGUUUGUGUGUAUAGGUGUAGAUUAAAAAUAUUAUGUACCAUCGGUUAGAUUCGGUUUUUAAUAGAUAUAUAGUUGAUAUUAUUAUAGUGUUUUAUUAUCAACGUGUUUAAAAUAUUUAACGUAGAACCAAUAUUUAGCUUUCGUAUGUCUCGAUUUUAUUAUUAUUAUUAUCAUUAUUAGUUUUUUUUUUUUUGAUUAUGAAAAUAGAAAUUAUUGUUUAAGACCAUAACUUCAGUGUGCCAAAAGAUGCGCUUUCGCGUACAAAAACGCAUCGUUUUAUAUUUUAGUUUGAGCUAUUUUAUUUUUAUAACUGCAGGCAAAAUGUAAAUAUGUUUUUUGGAACCACCAACCACAUAUCCAUAAAUAGUAAUUAUAUGUUUAUUCGUUCAAUGCGCAUAAAUAUUUUAUUUUCAUAAUCAUAUAUACAAUGGAUUACCGUGUAUGUAUCCUACCGACCUCAAAAGAUAAUGAUUGUUUUUUUUUUUAUUUUUCACAUUAAUCCAGUUAAGUAUAAUAAACGACUAUAUAAUUGUAUCUUAUAAUUUUGUAGUGAUAAUUUGGUAACGAUUACCAUUAAAAAUGCGUACAAAAUGUAGAGUUGCUUAAGUGUAAGAAAUUAUUGCUUAAAACGAUAUUAAGUAUUACUUUAGAUAAUAAUAUUAUAUAUAUACGAUUUAAUAACUGUACGUUUAACUUUUUUUUUACUUCUUCAUGCUCUUCAGUGUAUUAUUAAUUAUUAUAAAAUUAAGUAUUUGUAUCGAUAAAUUAUUGCUCAUUUAAGAUAUAAGAACACUAAAUUCCUUAGAAAUAAGAUAUUUUUGUAUUUUUUAUGGUAAUAACUCAAUAUGCAAUAAACAGUACAAUGUCUAAAGAAUAAUAAA